AUGCUGGCCUCAGGGCUGCUCCUCAUGGCUUUGCUGGCCUGCCUCACCAUCAUGGUCUUGAUGUCUGUCUGGAGGCAGAGGAAGCUCUGGGGGAAGCUCCCUCCGGGACCCACCCCGUUGCCCUUCAUCGGGAACUACCUGCAGCUGAACACAGAGCAGAUGUACAACUCUCUCAUGAAGAUCAGUGAGCGCUAUGGCCCGGUGUUCACGGUCCACCUGGGACCCCGGCGCAUCGUGGUGCUGUGUGGACACGAGGCGGUGAAGGAGGCUCUGGUAGACCAGGCUGAGGAGUUCAGCGGGCGAGGCGGGCAGGCCACCUUCGACCGGCUCUUCAAAGGCUAUGGGGUGACAUUCAGCAACGGGGAGCGCGCCAAGCAGCUCAGGCGCUUCUCCAUCACCACCCUGCGGGACUUUGGAAUGGGCAAGCGGGGCAUUGAGGAGCGCAUCCAGGAGGAGGCGGGCUUCCUCAUUGAGGCCCUCCGGGGCACGCAUGGUGCCUUCAUUGAUCCCACCUUCUUCCUGAGCCGAACAGUGUCCAAUGUCAUCAGCUCCAUUGUCUUUGGGGACCGCUUUGACUAUGAGGACAAAGAGUUCCUGUCCCUGCUGCGUAUGAUGCUGGGAAGCUUCCAGUUCACAGCUACCCCUAUAGGGCAGCUCUGCGAAAUGUUUCAUUCGGUGAUGAAAUACCUGCCAGGGCCACAGCAGCAGGCGUUAAAGGAGCUGCAGGGUCUGGAGGACUUCAUAGCCAAGAAAGUGGAGCAGAACCAGCGCACCCUGGACCCCAACUCCCCGAGGGACUUCAUCGACUCCUUCCUCAUCCGCAUGUGGGAGGAGCAGAACAACCCCAACACUGAGUUCUACAUGAAGAACCUGGUGCUGACCACCCUGAACCUCUUCUUUGCGGGCACUGAGACGGUCAGCACAACCCUGCGGUAUGGCUUCCUGCUGCUCAUGAAACAUCCACACGUGGAGGCCCAACUCCAUGAGGAGAUAGACCGGGUGAUUGGCAAGAACCGUCAGCCCAAGUUUGAGGACAGGGUCAAGAUGCCCUACACAGAGGCAGUGAUCCACGAGAUCCAAAGAUUUGGAGACAUAAUCCCCAUGGGCCUGGCCCGCAGAGUCACCAAGGACACCAAGUUUCGAGAGUUCUUCCUCCCCAAGGGCACCGAAGUGUUCCCCAUGCUGGGCUCCGUGCUCAGGGACCCCAAGUUCUUCUCCAACCCCCGAGACUUCCACCCAGAGCACUUCCUGGAUGAGAAUGGGCAGUUUAAGAAGAGUGAUGCUUUUGUGCCCUUCUCCAUUGGAAAGCGCUACUGUUUUGGAGAAGGCCUGGCUAGAAUGGAGCUCUUUCUCUUCCUCACCAACAUCUUGCAGAACUUCCGCUUCAAGUCCCCGCAGCUGCCCCAAGACAUCGAUGUGUCCCCCAAGCUUGUGGGCUUAGCCACCAUCCCACGAAGUUACACCAUGAGCUUCCAGCCUCGCUGA